AUGGAGAUUGCCAUGGGGGCUAUUGGCCCUCUCCUCCCGAAGCUCAGUGAGCUGCUCAUGGGAGAGCUCACCAUGGAGAAACAAGUGAGGAAAGGCAUCAAGUCUCUCAUGAUAGAGCUCACAUUGAUGCAUGCUGCCCUGAGUAAGGUGGCAGAAGUUCCCGUGGACCAGCUUCACAAGGGGGUCAAGAUUUGGGCAGGAAAUGUCAAGGAGUUGUCGUACCAAAUGGAGGAAAUUGUUGAUGUUUUCAUGGUGCGCGUGGGGGAUGGUGGCAAACCUGCCAACCCAAAGAACAAAGUCAAGAAGAUACUCAAGAAGGUUAAAAGAUUAUUCAAGAAUGGCAAGGAUCUCCAUCAGAUCUCUGAUGCUCUAAAAGAAGCGGUUCAUCAAGCUAAGCUGUUGGCCGAGCUGCGCCAAAGGUAUGAGCAAGGGAUGCGAGAUCCUAGCACUAGUGCUAGUGUUGACCCUCGCAUGAUGGCCCUAUACACAGAUGUGUCUGAACUCAUCGGCAUUGAUGAAACACGAGAUGAGUUGAUAAACAUGUUGAUUGAAGGUGAUGAUUGGUUGAAGCAUCCAUUGAAGACAGUCUCUAUUGUUGGAUUUGGUGGGUUGGGCAAGACAACUCUUGCCAAAUCAGCAUAUGAGAAGAUCAAAGGGCAAUUCGAUUAUGAUGCUUUUAUUUCGGUUUCUCAGAAUCCCAGCAAGAAGAAAGUCUUCAAGAAUAUUCUCUAUGAACUUGACAAGAGCAAGUAUGCACGCAUUCAUAGUGAGGAAUGGGAAGAAAAUCAUCUGGUCGAUGAAAUAAUUGAAUUCCUUAAUGGCAAGAGGUACCUCAUCAUAAUUGAUGACAUAUGGGAUACAGAAGUGUGGAAAUUAAUCAAGUGCGCUUUCUCCAAGAAGAGUCCUGGAAGCCGACUAAUUACGACAACCCGCAUCAUCAGUGUCUCUAAAGCAUGCUGCUCUUCCAAGGAUGAUAUCUACAGAAUGAAACCUCUUUCAGACGUUGUGUCAAGAAUGCUCUUCUAUAAAAGAGUAUUUAAUGAGAAAGGGUGUCCUCAAGAGUUGGUGCAAGUAUCCAAAGACAUUUUGAAAAAAUGUGGUGGCAUACCAUUAGCUAUUAUUUCUAUAGCAAGUCUUCUGGCUAAUAAUCAUGAGAUGAAAACAAAGGACCAAUGGUAUGCUUUGCUCAAUUCCAUUGGUCGCGGACUUACAGAAGAUUGCGGUUUGGAGCAGAUGAAAAAGAUAUUAUUAUUCAGUUAUUAUGAUCUACCUUCGUAUCUGAAACCUUGUUUGUUAUAUCUUAGCAUCUUCCCAGAAGAUCACAAGAUUAUGAAAGGAAAGCUAAUAUGGAGAUGGAUAUCAGAAGGUCUUGUUUAUAGUGAAAAACAAGAAACUGACUUAUAUGGGCUUGGUAACAACUACUUCAAUGAACUUGUAAAUAGAAGUAUGAUCCAGCCAAUUUGCAUUGAUGAUAGAGAAGAUAAACAAGCGUGUCGUGUACAUGACAUGGUGCUUGAUCUCAUAUGCUCAUUGUCAAGUGAAGAAAACUUCGUCACAAUUUUGGAUGGCACCGGAAGAAAAAUGCCUAAUUUGGUUCGCAGAUUGUCCAUCCAAAAUAGCAAGAUGGAUGUUGAUAUUUCUAGGAUGGCACACAUGAGAUCUAUUACCAUUUUCACCAAUAAGGUUGUCGGGAAACUGUUGGAUAUUUCAAGUUUUCAAGUUCUUCGUGUGUUGGAUUUCGAAGGUUGUGAUAUCUCGGAUAUUGGGUAUGUGGGAGAUCUUUUACAUCUGAGGUACUUAGGACUAAGAUAUACUCAUGUUGAGGACCUUCCCACUGAAAUUGGGAAGCUACAAUUUUUGCUUACCUUGGAUUUAAGAGGUACUAAGAUAAAAGUUCUGCCAUCAAGUGUUGUUCAUCUAAGACGUCUGAUGUGCCUGCAUGUUGACUAUCAUAUGAAGCUGCCGUCUGGGAUAAGUAAUCUGGUUUCCCUAGAAGUGCUAGGUACAAUGAUGAUGUUUGACAAGGACCUCAAUGCUGUGAAAGAAUUGGGCCAUCUGACCAAGCUCAGGGUGCUCCAAGUUUACUACCAUGUUGAUGAGAUCCUGGAUAAAGCUUUGAUGAGAUCUCUUAGUAAUCUGUACAAACUGGACAGUCUAGAUAUUUAUGUCCGUGGUGGAGAAAUCAAUUUCCUGAGCGAAGAUUGGGUGCCUCCUCUGCAACUCCGUAGAUUGGCUUUCUCGUUACCGUCGAGUUGGUUCAAGACACUGCCAUCAUGGAUCAAUGCUUCAUCGCUUUCUCUCCUCACCUAUCUUCAUAUAAAGGUGGUUAAAGUGUCAUCGGAGGCCAUCCAACUUAUUGGGAUGCUUCCUGCUCUUUGUGUUCUCGAGAUAAUGGAUAUUUCUAAGUUCUAUGAAGAGCGUGUGGUGGAAAUGUCCGCCCUUUCCUCUGUUGCGUUAUUCCCGUGUGCGAGGGAGUGUCACUUCCUUUGUAUUGGUGCAGUGCCAUCUAUGUUUCCACGAGGAGCUGCACCGAGGCUUAAGCACCUUGGCUUCACCUUCUCAGCUAAGUGGAUCACCCGUGAAAACAUCGAUUUGUGCAUGCGCCACCUCCCUUCCUUGGAGCGAGUUGAGGUUAAAGUUAUUAAGGAGGAAGCUAGUGAUCGCGAGGUGUAUGAAGCAAAGGCAGUGCUGAGGGCCGCAGCAGAGGACCACCCCAACCAUCCCGUCCUUGACUUACAUUGA